AUGACAUCUUGUGAUGAGUUUUUGUACCAUUUCACUACUAGUGAAAUCAAUGACAUACUUUCCUUGUUUCCCGGGAAGACGUCAACUUACCCUGAAGAAGAAGAAGAACAAAGGUAUAGAAGAAUGACCUCCAAUCGUGAAUCAGCAAGGCGGUCUAGGCAAAGAAAGAAGAAGCAUUUGGUUGGUGUAAUGGACCAGAUAAAGCAACUAAGAGCUGAUAACAAAGAUAUGAUGAAGCGGUUGACUAGAGUUUUGUAUCAAUCCCAAAGUCUUGAAAUGGAAAACAACAUGCUCGAGUCCGAGUGCAUUCAUCUCCAUUCAAAAUUAUCCAUUCUAUGUCAACUUCUAGCCAACAUCCAGUCUCAAUGA